AAAUUAAACUAGGUGGGCGAGGGUAUAUUUUUAUCAGCCAACGUAUCUCGUACUACGCCAAUACACAUUAUCUGAUUGCGUUAUCGGCGCCGCUAAAAAAGAAAGCUAUAUUUCGUGACAACACUCCAGUUCCUAGUGUGGUCGUUGAACGGUAAAGUUCCUCGGAAGUGCCCAUCACCGGAACUGAUUUGCUUCGUAGUGAACCUGUGCUUCUACACACCCUUGCGCACUUAAAAUGGCCAACUUCGAGUGGAUCAAUAAUGACCUGCUGGUGGGUUUACUGACUGAGCAGCAUGGAACCAGUUUUAAGCGGCUUGUCUCGUAUGAGGUUAACUUUGCCACAAAAAAGGGAGAUAAUUACGCAAGUGAAAUGUACCGUGUGUCGCUACAUUACGAUAUCGGUGUAUCUGUGAAGAAGAGGAUCAUUCUUAAGGUGAUGCCAUCAGGAGAACUUCAACAGCAAGUCAUGCAAGAGAACAACAUCUUUCCAAGGGAGAUUGUGAUUUAUGCACAAAUAAUCCCCAAGAUCUACCAACAUUUGAGAUCGUUUGGUGAUGGUUCGGUCAUUUCACCGCUUUGUUUAAGCACUGCCACCACUCCCAAGCAGAUGCUUGUGUUUGAAGAUGCGUGCGAACAGGGUUUUCAAAUGAUUGAUCGUCGUUACGGUUUAGAUCUUGACCAUGCUCGGUGUGUAAUUGUAAAGCUCGCCAAAUUGCACGCCUGCUCAAGGAUCGUAUACGAGGAGAAUCCCGCACAGUUUGAUCUCAUGAUGGAAGGAUGCAUUUCUGAUGAUCCUAAAAAGCAAACAUUCUUACCAUACUACCGACGGUGCGUUCGCCAGGUGAUGCGUCUAGUAGCAGAAUGGAACAAGGAUGGGCGAUGGGAUCAGAUACAGCGAAAGCUGGGAAAGCUUCACGACAAAAUCAUCCCGUACGGGUGUGACGUCUACCGCCGGGAAGAUAGGUGCUUCAACGUGCUAAAUCAUAACGAUAUAUGGCUAAAUAACAUGAUGUUUUCAUAUGGUGAAGGAACUGGAGUAAAAGAUGUAUUGUUGCUAGAUUAUCAGCUUGCAUUUUUUGGUUCACCCGGGGUGGAUCUUAAUUUCUUCCUGUACGGUUCACUACAACCGGAAGUUCGUACGGCACACUUACCGGAUUUGGUACAGCUAUAUCAUACUACACUUCGAUCUACCUUGGAACAACUGUACUACACCGGAACAAUACCUUCUCUUCCAGACAUCCACGUGGAGAUCAUUCGUAAAGGAUUUCAUCGUGUCAAUGCCGUGCUGCAACAGAUGCCGAUCGCAAUGAUGGAACGGUCGGAAGAUGCAAACAUGGAUCUUCUCUUGGGAGAAGGAGAACGAAGUGAGGCAUGUCGUCGCGAUCUCUUUGACAACCCGCGUUAUGUCAGUAUCUUGCCAGCGCUAUUACAAGAGUUUGAUCUAAGUGGUUACUUAGAUUAAACAGAGGAACUGUAACCAACGUCAUCCAACUUCAGCCGCGUGCCUACACAAAAACGACUCGCCAGAUAAUAAAGACAUUAAAUAUUUAGAAACAAAA